AUGUCUUACAACGACAAUAACAACAGUUCGAGCUACGGCGGCAACGACGACUACUCCUCUCGCAACGAGGGAGGGUACGGGUCCAGCCGCAAUGACAAUACCACCUACGGUAGUAAUGACCGAUCAGACAAUUCCUACGGGUCUUCAACCCGUCAGGACAAUGACAACACGUAUGGUUCCAGCCGUGACAACGAUAAUAGCAACAGCUCCUCAAACGCAUACGGUUCGGGGGCCAAAGACUCCUUUGGUUCUAGUGACAACACAUACGGCUCGAGCAACACUCGCCGGGACGACGACGAUAACACUAGUUCUUCCCGUCCUAGUCAGAAUAAUGAUAGCUAUGGCUCGAGUAACACUCGUCGAGACAAUGACGAUAACUCUUAUGGCUCUAGCCGGAACAACGAUAGCUAUGGCUCAAACGACAAGGACAAUUCGUAUGGGUCUAGCAAGAAUAACACCAGCAGUUACGGCUCAAAUGACAACUCAUAUGGGUCUGGUAACAACACCAGCUCCUACGGAUCAUCCCGAGACAAUGAUAGCUAUGGCUCUUCUAAUCGUCGCAAUAACGACAACGAUAAUGACACUUACGGAUCUCAGAACACUAGUUCCAACAGCUAUGGUUCGAGCGACCGUGACAACCAGAACUCCUCUUCUUAUGGUUCCCGCAACAACGAUUCAGGGAGCUAUGGAGAUGAUGAUAACACCUCGGGCCGUAAGGGAGAUAGCACCGCUGGCAAGCUGCUGGAGAAGGCUGCUUCAGUCCUCGGCAGUGACCGCCUAGGAGAAAAGGGUCGCGAGAAGCGUGAGGGAGCUGGAUAUGGGGGUGACAACAAUGACUACUAA